CCGGAUAAUUUGAUAUCCGUAUCCAGAUACCGUUUAAAUUUAAGAAGUGUUUUACGUUUCCGGUUGUGUUUUUUGUUUUGUUUUGUUUUCCUUAAAAUAUAUAAAUAAAAGGAUAAAGGAUCAUAUAAAUGAUGGAAGAACAAACAACAGUAGAAGGUUCAAUAGCAACCCAGCACAAACCGGAAUCAGAUGCCACAUUAGACAGAACUUCAUUAACAGAAUCUACAUUAGACAGAUCUUUACCUACACCACAAAGAUUAGAGGGUGAUGGUUCACCAAGACCAAGUAGUUUAGAUGAAGGAAGAAGAGAAGAAUCAUCACAAAGGUCACGACCUUUCUCCUUACAGUUUGAAGUUGAUGUUGUCCAAUUAUUGUUGGUUAUUUUAUCAGUAGCCACUAGGCUAUGGAGACUAGGAUUUCCUAGAGCUGUAGUAUUUGAUGAAUUACACUUUGCAAAAUAUGCUUCAUUAUACCUCCAGAGAAUUUUCUUCUUUGAUUCACAUCCUCCAUUAGGGAAAAUGCUCCUUGCUUUAGCAGGUGGUUACAGUGGUUUUGAAGGUGACAUAAACUUUGACAGAAUUGGUGCAGAGUUUUCACCACAGUUCCCUGUUUACCAGCUCAGAUUACCACCAGCUGUGAUGGGUAGUUUAGUGGUACCUUUAAUAUAUCAGAUCUGUGUGGAACUGAAAAUGUCAAGGUGGUCUGCAUUAUUGGCAGGAAUGUUUGUUUUAUUAGACAAUGCAUUAUUAGUUCAGUCCAGAUUUAUGUUGAUGGAAGGAAUGUUGUUAUUUUUCAUGUGUCUCACAAUUUACAGUUUUCUCAAGUUCAGGAGUUUAAAACACAGAGAAUUUUCAGUGCCUUGGUUUUUCUGGUUGUUUUCAACAGGGAUUUCAUUUACCUGCACACUAAGUGUGAAGUAUGUAGGAGUUUUCACAGCGAUUGUAAUACUAUUAUUGUGUGCCAAAGAUUUCUGGUUUAUGUUGGCAGAUAAUUAUAGAUCUGAUUUUAAUUUGAUAAAGCACCUUAUUGCUAGACUGACCUUCCUGAUUGGAGUUCCUGUGACUUUCUAUAUUUUCAUGUUUUAUAUUCAUUUGAGUAUAUUGAUCAAAGCUGGACCUCACGACAAUAUAAUGACCAGUGCCUUUCAAGCUAGUUUAGAGGGUGGAUUAGCAGCUUUAACAAAAGGCCAGCCAUUACAUGUAUCGUUUGGCUCUCAGAUCACAUUACGUCCCACCUACCAUACAGGAGGCAAGCCAUGUUGGUUACAUUCCCAUGCCCAUGUUUAUCCAUUACGUUACUCAGAUGGACGGGGUAGUAGUCACCAACAACAGGUCACAUGUUAUGUAUUUAAAGACAUCAAUAACUGGUGGAUAGUUAAACACCCUGAUAGUGAUUCCAUGGUAGUGGAUGACCCCCCAAAGCCUAUAGAACAUGGGGACGUGAUACAAUUGGUUCAUGGUAUAACUAGCAGAGCUCUCAAUAGCCAUGAUGUGGCAGCACCUAUUACACCACAGAACCAGGAAGUAACUUGCUACAUAGAUUAUAAUGUUACUAUGCCAGCACAGAAUUUAUGGAGAGUGGAAGUAAUAAACCGUGAUACUGAUGGCAAUAAAUGGCAGACCAUUAAAAGUCAUAUUAGACUGGUCCAUGUUAACACUUCACAGGCAUUAAAGAGUACUGGUAAGCAACUACCUGAAUGGGGAUUUCAUCAGCUGGAAAUAUCAACAGAUAGAAUCAUCAACCAGGAAGCUACAGUGUGGAAUGUGGAAGAACAUAGAUUUACAAAAAGUGUUGAGAAGGACCAACAGGCUCGAGAGAUAGCACAAAGUGAAAUGAUUCCUCUAGAACCCACACAUCUAUCAUUCUGGACCAAGUUUACAGAACUUCAGCUGAAGAUGUUGAUGGGAAAAGCUGAGGAAAUGGAACAUAAAUACAGCACUGAACCAAUAGAAUGGCCAUUUAUGGAUAAAAAUGUAGCUUAUUGGAUGAGCCCUAAUAGUAAUGCACAGAUUCAUUUACUUGGUAACCCAGUUAUCUGGUACCUAGGGACACUUUCUGUUUUUGGUUACUCAGCAUUGUUAGUAUUUUAUUUACUGAGAAGACGAAGAGGCUGGUUUGAUCUCACAACAGGUGAAUGGAAUCAUUUUGUAUUCAUAGCAGAACUUCUGAUUGGUGGAUAUUUCCUGCAUUAUCUACCUUUCUUUCUUACUGACAGUACAUUGUUUUUACAUAGUUAUCUCCCAUGUGUGAUCUUUAAAAUCUUAGCAGCAACAGCAUUAAUAGAUCAUUUAUAUGUUGUUUCACAUAGGUUUCCUGUUCUGCCAUCAACAGUUAAAUAUGUGACAGUUGGAAUUAUUUUAUGUACUAUUUAUAGUUUUUAUAAAUUAUCAGUUUUCACUUAUGGAGGUACUGAUUUAACUCCUCAGCAGAUUACAGACUUAAUGUGGAGGGAAUCGUGGGACUUCUUAAUUCAUGUGCGUGUUUAAAGACAUAAUAAGGAGAGAAUCGUGGGACUUUUUAAUUCAUGUCUGUGGUUAUUAUGCAGGGAAUCAUGGGACUUUUUAAUUCAUGUCCAUGUUCAAUAUGGACACCAUUGUCAAGAAUCGUGGGAUUUCUUCAUUCAUGUUUAUGUUUAAUAUUUUUUGGUUAAUUGUGGUGUUCUGGUUAUUUAAUUUUUUUCUCAGGCAAUAUUAACAAUCAUGUAAGUUUUAUCGGAAAAUAACAUAAUUCUGUAAUGACUUCUAAACAAUAUGUUGUUUUGGGUUUCAUGGUCUUUUUCAGAAAUUAAAUUUAUACUAUCCUAUAGUUAAUGUCAAACAGACAUUGCUAAACUAAUGUCACGACUUGUCAAAAUGAUGACUUAACCAAUCAAAAACAGCAAUCCCAUUGUGCAACAUAAUUUCAUAAUUAAUUAAAUUAUGUAUAGAAAAUUGGCCAGCGUGUUGUAUAUGAUAUUUAUAUUUCACUUAUUCAUGUAUAUAUUCAUUAUAGGAACAAACAUACAACCUGAUAGAUUAUGGUCAGUGGCGCAUCUAUACAUUUUCAUAAGGGGG